AUGAGUUGGCGAUCAGAAGAUAGAUGGAUAGAACUUAUAACGGGGUCCCGCAAAAUAAGUAAUUUUUGCUGGGCCUUUAUCCUUUUUUUAGGUUCAUUAGGAUUCCUAUUGGUUGGAACUUCGAGUUAUUUUGGUAAAAAUUGGAUAUCUUUUUUUCCCCAGGGGAUCGUGAUGUCUUUCUACGGAAUCUCGGGUCUCUUUAUUAGCUCCUAUUUGUGGUGCACAAUUUCUUGGAAUGUAGGCAGUGGUUAUGAUCGAUUUGAUAGAAGGGAAGGCAUAGUGUGUAUUUUUCGUUGGGGAUUUCCUGGAAAAAAUCGUCGCAUAUUCCUGCGAUUCCUUAUAAAAGAUAUUCAGGCCAUUCGAAUAGAAGUUAAAGAGGGUAUUUCUGCUCGUCGUGUUCUUUAUAUGGACAUCCGUGGACAGGGAGCCAUCCCUUUAACUCUUACUGAUGAUAAUUUGAUUCCACGAGAAAUUGAAAAAAGGGCUGCCGAAUUGGCCUAUUUCUUGCGUGUACCUCUUGAAGUAUUUUGA